AUGGACGUCCGACGGCGACCAGUUGGGUCUGUCGAGGCCAAGCCUAAUAGGAAACCCCUUGUUGUUGAUGUGCAUGAUCCCAUCAAGGCUUCUGAUGCGCUGCCUCUCCCGCUCUAUCUCGCCAACGCGGUCUUCUUUGGGGUUUUCUUCUCCGUUGUCUAUUUCCUCCUGACGCGGUGGCGGGAGAAGAUCCGUACGUCGACCCCUCUCCACGUCGUCACCUUGUCGGAGAUUGCUGCCAUCGUCACCUUUAUGGGUUCGUGUAUUUAUCUUCUGGGGUUCUUCGGGAUCGACUUCGUUCAGGGGUUUAUCGCCCGCCCUGGUCACGAUAAUGAGUGGGAUGCGGAGGAUGAUAUUAUUGUCAAGGAGGACGCUCGCGCCGUCCCCUGCGGCGCCGCGAUAGACCGCGCUCCUCCGGUUGUGGCUGUGGCUUCUCCCAAGCCUAAGGUGCCCGUUUCCCCUCCGUCGUCUGAGGAAGACGAGGAAAUCAUCAAGUCGGUGGUGGCCGGUGCCAUUCCUUCGUACUCGCUGGAGUCCAGGCUCGGGGACUGCAGGCGCGCCGUGGCGAUCCGCCGCGAGGCGUUGCAGAGGAUGACCGGAACGUCGCUGGAGGGGCUGCCGCUGGAGGGUCUCGAUUACGAGUCGAUUUUGGGGCAGUGCUGUGAGAUGCCGGUGGGGUAUGUUCAAAUUCCGGUGGGGAUCGCGGGGCCGCUGUUGUUGGAUGGAAGAGAGUACUCCAUUCCAAUGGCGACCACCGAAGGGUGCUUGGUGGCGAGCACCAACAGGGGUUGCAAAGCCAUCUACGCCUCUGGUGGCGCCACAAGCGUGUUGUUGAGAGAUGCCAUGACCAGAGCUCCGGUUGUCAGGUUCGGCACCGCCAAGAGGGCUGCUGAAUUGAUGUUGUUCCUGGAGAAUCCCCUCAACUUCGAGACCUUGGCCGUGGUCUUCAACAAGUCCAGCAGAUUCGGGAGGCUCCAGAGCAUCAAAUGCGCAAUUGCAGGGAAGAACCUGUACAUCAGAUUCUCAAGCAGCACUGGAGAUGCAAUGGGGAUGAACAUGAUCUCCAAAGGCGUCCAGAAUGUUUUGGAUUUCCUUCAGAAUGAUUUCCCCGACAUGGAUGUCAUCGGCAUCUCUGGAAAUUAUUGCUCGGACAAGAAGUCAACUGCAGUGAACUGGAUUGAAGGACGUGGGAAAUCCGUGGUCUGCGAGGCCAUCAUCAAGGAGGAGGUGGUGAAGAAGGUGUUGAAGACCAAUGUGGCUGCUUUGGUGGAGCUUAACAUGCUCAAGAACCUCACUGGUUCUGCCAUGGCUGGAGCCCUUGGCGGAUUCAACGCCCACGCCAGCAACAUUGUCUCUGCAGUCUACAUAGCCACAGGCCAAGACCCCGCCCAGAAUGUGGAGAGCUCUCACUGUAUCACCAUGAUGGAGGCUGUCAACGAUGGAAAAGACCUCCACGUCUCAGUCACCAUGCCCUCUAUCGAGGUUGGCACAGUUGGAGGUGGCACCCAACUUGCAUCUCAGUCGGCUUGUCUGAACCUGCUUGGGGUGAAGGGUGCAAACAAAGAAUCACCGGGAACAAACGCAAGGCUGCUGGCCACCAUUGUCGCAGGUUCGGUUCUUGCAGGGGAGCUCUCCCUCAUGUCUGCAAUUGCAGCUGGACAGCUUGUUAGGAGCCACAUGAAAUAUAACAGGUCCAACAAGGAUGUUUCCAAGGCUUGAUUUCCCAAUCUUGAGGCCACUAUAAACCUCAGAAUGUUGUAAAAACAUAGCGGUGUAGAAACCAAUCGUGAACAACAAGGCAUGGAGGGGAUAAGAAAUAUCAAAGCAUGCCAAGCCAGGGAAAACAAAACUGUUUUUUGUAUUCUUUCCUUGAAGCCAUGUAUAAGAAAACUCUGCAAAUUCUGUUGUAAAGUUGGGGGAGUCCAGUGUUCUUUAUAUGAAUCAUCUUUUUCCUUUGACCAUCCACUUCCGUGUAGAUAUGAUCUCUUGAAUCCAAUGAUUUCUCAUUGUUUUUUAAA